AUGAUUGUUCUAGUUAAUGUUCCAAAGAAAAAAUAUAAGAAUGUUGACUUCAAGAAGAAUAAGACAACUGAAAAGGUAAGCCUCUAUGAUAAAGAUACCUUUGUGCAAGUUAAUGCGGAUAAGCUUGUUGAUUAUGUGAAUAAAGACAAAGAGGCUAAUGAUGUUGAUACAACUCCUACUGAGAAUAUUGUUGAAUCAAUUAAAAUAAACAUUAAUCUAAAUGUUGAACCCCAUGUUGAAACAUCUGGUGAACCAUCUAGUGAACCACAUGUUGAACCUCCUACUGAACCCAAUACUAAACCAAUUGUUGACAUACAUGUAUUUGAUACGUUUUAA